ACAGGUCUGAAUAGAACUUACCUUCUCUUAAUAUUUUUGAAACCCAACACUUUUAAUAUUUUUCAACUAUAAAAUAGAGAAUUAAUUACAUGAUCAACGUAUUUCUGAUGGAAUUUAUCACUCUAUUUUUAGGAAGGUAUUUUAUCACUUUGCAUACAUCAUUCACAUUCACAUUUUGAGCACAAUUUUCAUUCACUAUUCUACGACUGAAAACUUUUUUUCUACAAUUUAUAAGCGUCAACGAUAUUCAUUAACAUAUCGAUUCAUUUGGGGUCAUGAGAAUAACAAUAAUUUUCCUUCUAUUUCUAACUGAAUAUUAAUAAAUCAACACACCUACCUUAUAAAAUAAGGAAAUCCUGAUAAAACAAUAAUUUCUUCCUAGUAUAAAAACCACAUCUUACAGAAAAAAAAAAAUUCGAGGCACCAUUUAUUAUAUGAUUUUUCACUUUAGGAAAUUAUUAGUUGAAAAAAUCAAGGUCACCUCAAAUCUUUAAAGUCGACUUUGGACUUCUAAAGGAUUAUUGAUCACGAUAAUCGAUUUAUUGAGGCAUUAUUUCAUUGAAUAAAUAAUAUUCCAUCUCAUUUUUCUAUCGUUAAUGUAGAAUUUUAUCUAUUUACAUCGUGAAACCAAAAUCACAGAAAUUAUGGGGGUCAAUGUUCUGUAGAGCCUUGCGCGUGACAAGACCGAUUAGACUAUAUUUUCAUCAAUUAAUUUUACAUUUUUCAAUUAGAAGAUUGGAAGUAGAUAUCGGUCGAUACAAUAUUUUAUGCGAUAGCUCAAUUCUACAAUAUACAUCAGCAGUUGACUUCUGGUUCUGGGAAAGUUAUUUAAUAUUUUCUCUGGAUCAAUCAAUUUUCCCCACUAUUCCGGUUUGAGGUUUUCUCGGGUAGUGUCGUUGGAUUGACGCAUGUAAGGAGGAGAGGAGGUGUUCCUUGUUCUUGUAUUGCUGGCUGCAGAAGUAGUAGUUUGCCAUAGUCGUCAACGUCAUAGAAGACCUCAAUUUUCCAAGGUUUCACACGGCUUUUUUAUUAAAAAGUGUUAAUUAUUUCUCAAAAUGGUCACACACAUCAAAGACAAGAAUGAUUUGGAUAGCAAGCUGGCAGAUGCUGGGGACCAACUUGUGGUCAUUGAUUUCUUUGCCACCUGGUGUGGUCCUUGUAAAGCCAUUUCUCCAAAAUUAGAGGAAUUGGCUAAGGAACAUGCCAAUGUUCUCAUCCUGAAAGUUGAUGUAGAUGAAUGUGAAGAUAUUGCCAUGGAAUACAAUAUCUCUUCCAUGCCAACAUUCAUCUUCAUCAAACUUAAAGAGACCAUCACUUCCUUCAGUGGGGCAAACUACGACAAAUUGAAGGCCCUGGUCUUGGAGCACAAGUAAAACCUCAUCUAUACUCACAUUGAAAUUAUAAAAUUUUUGAUUAGUUUUCUUAUAUUUUUGCAAAUCGAGUUACAGAAAAAUACUAUAAUCACAAAUUCACAUUUUAGAACAGUGCCUAAUAUUACGCAAGUGUUCUUAAGAUGAUUUAUGUCCACAACUCCAUGUGUAUUAUUGUUAAACCUAGGAAUUGAAUAAAAUGUUUUGAAAGCCUAA